ACAUAUGAAUUUUCGGUUGCUUUGCUUUGCUUGCAGCAGCUGCAAUUUGCGAUUUUAAUUUCCUAGAAAAAUAUUAAUUAUUAAGGUUUGAUUUAUUAGUUAAGACAACAUAAGUUAAUUUAGUUGGGCUAGUUAUUUUAGUACUUCUGGUCACUGUGGGAUCAGGCGAUUUUAGUGAUGGAUACUAUAAAGAAUGACAAAUCGAGUUUGGGUACCAGUUUGGAAAAGGAGCAGUUACUGAUGACUCAAAAACCUCCAGGUGUAAAAUGUGACAUAGUUAAUGAAUGUCAAAUGUUUCUGAAAGCUGAGGAUGGUGGUGGGGAUGCCCAUUUAAAAAUUACCGACAGCAUUUCUACCAAGAUUGAUGGUGAGAAUGACAUUGUCAAACCUACAACAAGUAAAAAACAAGAAGAAAAAUCUGAGAAGAUUUCGGAGGAGACUAUAAAUGCUAGUGAUUCAGAAGUAAAUGAAGAGAUGCCUAACACUGUCACAGUGUUGGAUACUCCAGAUGGUGGAAAAGUUUAUUUAAUAGGAACAGCACAUUUUAGCAUUAAAUCACAAGAGGAUGUAUCAAGGGUGAUUCAAGAAGUAAGUCCACAUGUAGUUAUGGUGGAACUAUGUGAGCAGAGGACAAAUAUUCUCCUCCUUGAUGAAGAGAUUAUUUUGAGGGAGGCGAAAAAUAUAAACAUUAAAAAGAUAAGGACAACAAUGGCACAGAAUGGAGUUUUUAACGGAUUAAUGUAUAUCCUACUUUUAAAUAUGUCUGCCCACAUCACUCGUGAGCUUGGUAUGGCCCCGGGCGGAGAGUUCCGCCGCGCUAUGGCUGAGGCAAAAAAGAUACCUAACUGCAUACUGCAGCUGGGCGACCGAGCUAUAGAUAUAACUCUGCACCGAGCAAUAGCAUCCCUGUCGUGGGGACAGACUGUACGCUUCAUAUGGCAUCUACUUACUUCCAAUCAAACUAUUAGCGUGGAGGAGGUGGAGAAGUGCAAGAUGAAGAAGAUGCUGGACGAGAUGCUGGAGGAGAUGGCGGAGGAGUUCCCGGCGCUGAAGCGCGUGUUCGUGGUGGAGCGCGACAUGUACCUCUGCCACUCGCUGCAGGUCGCCGCCAUGCAGCCGCGCAAGGGGCCGAGCCGCAUCGUGGGCGUGGUGGGCAUCGGCCACGUGGCCGGCAUCGUGCAGCACUGGGGCAAGGUCACCGAGGACGACAUCAUGCCGCUCCUGGUCGUGCCCCCGCCGUCUCUGUCGACGCGCGUCCUGCGCGUGAGUGUGCGUGCGGCGUGCGCCGGCGCCGUCCUCUACGCCGUCUACAAGUUCUUCCCGCGGCGCCUGCUGCCCUGAUGACUGAAUACUUCGCACACCCGCACACACCGGCUCACUAACGGCUCUGUUGGCGUCCUCUACGGAAUAUUUAACGACAUUUUUAUUUUAUUAGAAAUUCUCCAAAUUUAUUAUUGUUAUGUAAUAUUGUAAAAAAUAUAAUGAACACUCGUUUUAUUACAAAAUAUUAUUAAGAUACGACUUAUUCGAUUUAUCGAGAGGUUCUAAAGCCAAUCUCUAAUUAAAAAUAAUAAAAAAAUGCAAAUAAUGUAUGUAAAUUUAGUGUUCCUAAUUAUAGAAGUCGUCUGAAAGUUAUAUAAGUCUGGUAUAGAAAUAUAUAUUGAGUGAAUUGUUAAGUAAAAAUUGAUUUGUUGUACUUCUAUUUUCCAAAAAGACAUUUAAGAUUUAUAUAGACUAGGCAUAGCAAUAUUUUUUCACUGGUACUUUCUUAGAAAGGUACUAUAU